CGCAGGCGGCGGCUCUUCCAGGGGCGGCGCUGGCGAACAAGGCGUCUUGGCACCGGCCCCGGGGAAGGCUGGUCAGGGGCGUGAGCUCCCCUCUCCCACCAGCACCAAAACAUUGGGGGGAGGGGGGAGGGAAAAAAAGGCAGCGCGCCCCCACGCUUUGCACUCCGGACAAUUAGCCGCCCGUGACUGGCGGUGCCCGGCGCGGGACUUAAUUGGGGAGCCCCCCUCGGCCUCGGCCCAGCAUGCCCUGCCCCAGCUCUGGCCCUCCCGGCUUCCUGGCCCUCUUGGCCCCUGGACUGGCGCUGCUGGCUCACCUCUCCCUCCCCUCCCAGGCCGGGGUGAGGCGCCUUCCCGCCGGGAUCAGCCCUCAGGGCGCCCCGGGCAGGACGCUCAUCCUCCUGGACGUGAGCACCAGGAGCCCCCUGCGCGUCACCAGCCAGAACUUCCUCUCCCUGCAGCUGGACCCCUCCAUCCUCCACAACGGCUGGCUGGACUUCCUCAGCUCCCGGCGCCUGGUGACUCUGGCCCGUGGCCUGGCGCCCGCCUUCCUCCGCUUCGCCGGCAAGAGGACCGACUUCUUGCAGUUCCAGAACGUGAAGAACCCGGCCAAGAGCCGCGGCGGACCCGGACCCGACUACUACCUCAAGAACUACGAGGACGACAUCGUUCGCAGUGACAUUGCCUUGGAUAAACAGAAAGGCUGCAAGAUUGCCCAGCACCCAGACAUCAUGCUGGAGCUACAGAGGGAAAAAGCAGCUCAGAUGCACCUGGUUCUUUUCAAGGAGCAGCUCUCCAACACUUACAACAAUCUCACACUAACAGGCAAGAGCCUAGUGGACCCUACAGGGCUUCUGUUGGGGCUGCCCUGAGGAGGAAUUUAUUGCCAGA